UCCCAUCUUGAUCCAAUGCGUAGCCGUCCUUUGUCUCGUCACCAUGUUCACACUUUUGUCGACAUGCGUUCCAAAUCCUGUUUCCAGUUUGAACGAACGAAUGCACCAAAACGCAAAGCGGUACAUCAACUCUGACCAUAUACUCCCUCCACCGUGCCCCUCCUGAAGACCAGCCAUUCCCCAUGGAAUAUAUUUCCAAAUAAAAAAUAAUUUAAUAGGCAAACACAUAAACAAUAAGCAUCUACUCUUCUCUCAUUUUCCCUGCACCUUCUUUUCCAUUGCCUCUUACCCUCCCUCUAUUCUCAAUCCAUUAUGUACAUGUAACCACGCCUCCCUCACCCAUCUAAUCCCAAUCCAGAGAGCAUCUCUUUGCCCUUCUUCAUCACAGUUUUUGGUGUGAGAAGGAAUCAUGGCCACCUGCGUCGAGAAUUGCCGAGCUAAAGCUCCCUUCUGCAAGUAUGUAAUCGACAUCUCCCAGCCUGAUAUCGCCGAUUGUUCUGACUGCAACAUGCCUGCCAACGACUCCAGCGAUGCCGCCGGCGACGACGUUUGGGCCAAGAUCCAAGAAGAAGCUCGGUCAGACGUCGAGGAUGAACCAGUCCUCCAGAAUUACUAUUUUGAUCUCAUCCUCAACCACAAUUCCCUUGAGUCUGCUCUCGCAGCGCAUCUUGCAAGCAAACUAAGUCUUCCAAAUCUCAUGCCGAGCAACAGUCUCCAAGAAUUGCUCUUGAGCAUCUUAUCCAAGGAUCCGGAGAUCGGCCGGUCGGUGAGGGCCGAUCUUUGGGCGGCGAGGGACCGCGAUCCGGCGUGCGCGAAGAUGGUACACUGCUUUCUUUACUACAAAGGGUUCCUGGCGUUGCAGGCCCACCGGGUGGCGCACCGGCUGUGGGCGGAGGGGCGGGCGGCGGCGGCGCUCCUGCUGCAGAGCCGGACGUCGGAGGUGUUCGCCGUCGACAUCCACCCGGGGGCGAGGAUUGGAUCGGGUGUGAUGCUGGACCAUGCGACUGGGGUGGUGAUCGGCGAGACGGCGGUGGUCGGCGACGACGUGUCGAUCCUCCACGGCGUGACGCUGGGCGGCACCGGGAAGGAGAGAGGCGACCGGCAUCCGAAGAUCGGUGACGGGGUCUUGGUGGGUGCAGGGGCGCAGAUACUGGGGAACGUGGAGGUCGGGGAGGGGGCGAAGAUCGGGGCGGGGUCGGUGGUGCUGCGGGCGGUGCCGCCGAGGACGACGGCGGUGGGGAACCCGGCGAGGCUUCUCGGUGGAAAAGAGAACCUGGUCCGUCUCGGAAGGAGGGCCUCUUUGACUAUGGACCACACCUCGUGGUCGGAUCACGUGAUCUGAGAGGCAGGUCCGUACACAACUGAUAUACUCUGCUUAAAAUAGAAACAAUUAAAGUUAUGUAGCUAUUCGUGAUGAUGAUGUCUUCGACUCAUAGUCCGUUUGUUUGUUAAAGAUCCUUCCCAUUUUUGUCGCUUGGAACUUUUGCAUUGGAAUCCUGUGCAGUGGACUAUUAAUGGCAUUUCCUUGGGGGAUAUUACUUCUA